UUUAAACAUUUAACUUGAAUUAAAAUGGUGGUAUAAAGUUGUUGUGACGUUUAUAUUUUAAACUUUGUUUUAAUUUUUUUUAUAAUGAGUAAGCGGGUCCACACAACUGCAUCCUCAAGAUUAAAACAAGAUUAUAUGAGAAUAAAAAAGGAUCCAGUGCCUUACGUUACGGCUGCCCCAUUACCAACAAAUAUUUUGGAAUGGCAUUACUGUGUAACAGGCCCAGAAAAUACACCAUAUGAGGGUGGUUAUUAUCAUGGAAAACUUGUUUUCCCAAAAGAAUUCCCAUUUCGUCCUCCCAAAAUAUUAAUGAUCACUCCCAAUGGGCGGUUUAAAACAAACACAAGGUUAUGUUUAUCAAUAAGUGAUUUUCAUCCUGAUACUUGGAACCCAGCAUGGUCAGUGUCAACAAUACUGACAGGGCUACUUAGUUUCAUGGUUGAGACAUCACCGACUCUAGGUAGCAUUGAAACACAUGAAUAUCAGAAAAAGCAAUUAGCUAUAAGCAGUGGUGAAUUUAAUAUUAAAAAUGAAAUUUUUUGUGAGUUAUUCCCAGAGAUAUACGAGGAAAUUAAAAGAAAACUAAAAGAAAGAGGGGAAGAAGAUGCCGACCAAAUAAAAACUGACAGAACAUCAAGUGUUCAUGAAGAGAAUGAAGGUUUUGUAGGAAGUACUAUUGCUAAUUUAGUUGUUAUUGUAGGUUUUGCCGCUUUUGCCUAUACUGUUAAAUGUGUGAUUCGUGCUGUUGGUAGCAGUUAGACAAAUAUAAUUAUACUGAGUUGCAUUGACAAUAGCUCAAGAAUACAGAAUGGUUUCAAGCAGUUUGUUUGCAAAACUAAAUCUAUUAAGGUAUUUGAAUUAUAUAAAAUAUACACUGAACAUAGGAUACAUAACAUCAUAGUAUGGAGAAAUAUAACAAUGAACCCUAACA